UUCUCAGGUAUCGUAAAGUUCUGACGUGUCAACUCGGCCCGCUUCUGCUUCGCUCUUCGGGUGCUACAGUUUGUGUUUUCUCCUAGUGUUGAUCACAUAUCGUUCUCUCCUCCAACAUGUCUCGUGAUACAUCAAAGAUCAUUCUUUUCGACGUUGAUGGAACUCUUACUGCCGCUCGGAAAGUUAUCGAGCCGGAUAUGGUUGAGUUUUUGGAGAAACUGAAGCAAAGAUAUACUGUUGGACUGGUGGGAGGUUCAGAUCUGCCUAAGAUUACAGAGCAGAUGGAUGGCGUAGAGAGAAUCAAUAUGUUUGAUUUCGUCUUUGCUGAGAAUGGGCUUGUUGCGUUAGCUAAAGGAGAAAACAUUGCCACACAGAGCAUUCAAAAGUUCAUGGGAGAAGAUAAGAUGCAGGAACUGAUCAACUUCUGUCUCAAAUAUCUGUCUGGUGUUAAAUUACCCCUCAAGAGAGGAACCUUCAUUGAAUUCAGGAAUGGCAUGAUCAAUAUAUGCCCAAUCGGGAGGAGUUGCAGUUACCCUGAGAGGGGGGAGUUCAGCGAGUUUGACAAGCUCCAUGGAGUGAGGGAAAAGAUGGUUGAAGCCCUUCGCAACGAGUUCACAAAAGACGGUCUGGUAUUCUCGAUAGGAGGGCAGAUAAGCAUAGAUGCAUUUCCAAAAGGAUGGGACAAGACUUAUUGCCUCAACUUCUUGGAGAAAGACUUUAAAGAAAUCUAUUUCUUUGGGGACAAGACGUACAAGGGAGGCAAUGAUCAUGAGAUCUUCGAAGACUCAAGAACAAAAGGAUACACAGUAACGAGUCCGGAGGAUACCAAGAAACAAGUCUGUCAGCUGUUUGAUAUAGAAUAAAUGUCUUCUGCAACUAUUAUAAUGUUGCAUACUAAUAAUUUAACAUAUUUUUAUAAGGUUUUAGUGCUUGUUUGUACAUUCCGUUUGAUUCAGUAUUGAAUUAGGUUUUUAUAGGGUAAUAGAACAAUAAAAGCAGAACAAUCAGAUAGGGUGAAAACUUUACCGAAAUCUGAUGGGUUUAUAAAAGAAGGUUAGGAUUUUAGGAAGUUGUAAUUACAAUAGGAGUUUCAAAUUGUGGAAUGGGUAAUGUCACUGUGAUAUAGUUUAAAGGCACACUGUCCUACUUGUAGGUACUUGCUCCCUCUAUAUAGAAAA